UCCUCCGUACUGUCAGCAGCUCUUUACGCGCUUCAAAUUUGGCAGUGGUACUCAGCUAGUCUCGUACACACCUUCCAUUUUCGAGGAUUUUGAGUUUUUAAACGAGCUACUGUUUUUAGUCAUGUGUUAAUGUCUUUGUUGGGGCGGGAGGAAUUACCGUGUUUUCUUCGCCUUCAGCUGAAGUGAAGCGCGGAGGAAAUGUCCAGCUGAGGAUUGGAAAUCCUGAAAACCACAGGGCCUGUUUUUGUAAUGACUGAUCAAUACUUCGAUAAUGGCGCAAAAGGCACAGGUUUUAUACAACUUCACUGCUGAGCCUGGAAACAAUGAGUUGUCGGUGACAGAAGGCGAGACCAUCACUAUCACCAAUCAGAAUAUUGGCGGUGGCUGGGUUGAAGCACAGAACUCCAGAGGGGAGGUUGGACUGGUGCCUGAAGACUACGUUGAAUUGGGUCAGCAAUUUUCUGCAUUCCCAUCAACUGCAGCACCUACUCCAAGUUUAGGAAAUGUUGCAUCUCCAGACCUGUCCUUCUUUGAUGCAUAUGCCCCUGCAACAACACCUGCACAAAACCAGGUGGAUGCUGGGGGCUUGAGUCCCCAGCCGGAAACCCCCGACACCCCAGUUUCCCCCUACCUUUCGUCCCCCGAUGAGGCUACUAAUGGUAAUGAUCCCUGGUCAGUGUGGAACGCAGACCCAUCGGGGGGUUCCACUAACAACUGGGCAUCUAAUCCAGAGGGCACCCAGACUGGGAAGAGCGCUGCUGACCCCUGGGCCUCUGUGUCACAGGGUCACCCUCAGGCUUAUCAAGGCCCAGGGGCAGAGGAUGAUGAGUGGGACGAUGAAUGGGAUGACAUGAAAUCCACUGGUGAAGAAGGCGGAGACAGUGGAGUAACACAAAGAGGUGGAUCACAUGCAACUUCAAUGAAAAUCUCCCUCAACAAGUUCCCUGGGUUCUCCAAGUCAGGUCCAGAGCUCUACCUCCUUUGCAAGCAGCUUGUAAAGAGCAAAGAGAGGCUACCAAUUUAUAUGGGAGAAGUUGGUCCAGUGUGGUCUUACCCAGAAACCCAGCUUGACUGUGUUGUAGCUGAUCCUAAAAAAGGCUCAAAGAUGUAUGGCCUCAAGAGCUACAUUGAGUACCAAAUCACACCCAGUAACACAAACCGACCGGUCAAUCACAGAUAUAAGCACUUUGAUUGGUUGUAUGAAAGACUUCUGGAAAAAUUUGGGUCAGCCAUCCCCAUCCCUUCUUUACCAGACAAGCAGGUUACAGGCCGUUUUGAGGAAGAGUUUAUUAAGAUGCGUAUGGAGCGGUUACAGGGUUGGAUGAUCAGGAUGUGCAGGCACCCUGUCGUUUCCAGCAGUGAAGUAUUUCAGCUUUUUGUCACCUACAAGGAUGAGAAGGAUUGGAAGAUGGGGAAGAGAAAAGCAGAGAAGGAUGAAACAGUGGGAGUGAUGAUUUUCUCCACGAUGGAGCCUGAAGCUCCAGACCUGGACCUGCUGGAAGUAGAACAGAAAUGUGAGCAGUUCAGCAGGUUUACCAAAGCCAUGGAUGACGGAGUGAAGGAAGUCCUCACAGUGGGUCAUGAACACUGGAAGAGAUGCACAGGCCCUUUGCCCAAAGAGUACCAGAGAAUCGGCAAAGCCUUCCAAAACCUUUCCUCUGUCUUCACCAGCAGCGGAUACCAAGGUGAGGCAACCCUGACGGACGCCAUGACAGCAGCGGGGAAGACAUACGAAGAGAUAGCUCAGCUGGUUGCAGAGCAGCCCAAGAAGGACCUCCACUUUCUCAUGGAGACCAACAAUGAAUAUAAAGGACUACUUGGAUGUUUUCCAGAUACCAUUGGAGUCCAUAAGGCAGCCAUAGACAAAGUGAAGGAGGGCGACAAGCUGGUGGCAGCCAGUAAAAUUACCCAUCAGGAAAAAGGCACCAUGGCUAAACGUGCCAGCACCAUGUCCUAUGCAUUACAAGCUGAGAUGAACCACUUCCAUAGCAACCGUAUCUAUGACUACAACAGGGUCAUGCAGUUGUACCUGGAGGAGCAAGUCAAGUUUUACGAGACGAUCGCUGCGAAGCUGAGACAAGCGCACAGUCAGUUCACUACGAUGUGAAAGCGGCCGCUGGCUGUCUUGCCGUAAAAGACAAGAAGAUUUAAACCAGCUCAAGAUCCCAAAUAAUUUUGCUUAUUUUGCAGUUUUUCCCCCCCCCUCCCCUUUAAUUUAAAUUUCACUUCUGUAUUUCUCUUACCUCAUCUCCUCUUUUACAGCUCUUGCCAAGAGUCCCUGCUUGUGGUUUCCACUACUUUCAGAGGUUAAAGAGCAUGAGCAACAUCUGAAAAUGCUUUGAGAAUAACAGCUGAAUAUGACAAAUCAUUUAUAUAAACCUUAUCUUCUGUUCAAAGUCCACAGCUGGUAACAGAAAGGAAAAAAAAAAAUGGGCAUGAAGUCAAAUCCCAGCAAUUCUCUAACGUGAUAGGCUUUUUUUUUUUUUAUACAGCUUCAAACAUUAUAAC